UAGGAAGACUCUGGGAACAAUUUUACAGUCGUACGGGAAUGUUUAUAUGCGUUUGUAUUGGUAUGGUUAGGCAAGUGUUUGUAUUAUUAAUCGACAAAACAUAUUAACGUUUAAUUUCGGUGAAAUAUGAUCGGAUUCACGAAUACACCGAUUUAGCUAUUUAUCUAUGAGCUAUCUGGUUGAAUGAGCUAUCCAGUCACUAUGCUAUCUAGCUAGCUAUAGCGCUAAACAAUUCUCAUUGAACACAAGAUGGCGUCCCGCAAGCAGAAGAAGGUCUGGCGCUAUGUAGAAGAAGGAAGCCUCCUGAAGCUGAAGUCUUAUCUGCGAAAACACAGAAAAGAUGUGGAUGUGAAUUUUACUCUGGGGAAAAGGAGGAGAGGUGUGUUACAUCUGGUCUGCUCGCACGGAGACGACGCGCUGCUCAGGCUGCUGUUGAAGCACGGAGCUGAUCCGCUGCAGAGGGACCGGAACGGGGACACACCGCUGCACCUGGCCGCCAGGAGAGCCCUGAAGUAUGGCAAGACAGACUAUGAUGAUCUGGUAGUUCCUUUGCGUAAACACUGUCCUGCUGCACUGAGCACACCCAACAACACUGGAGUCACUCCUCAAGAGCUGCUCCAAAGACUGAGCUUUAAACAGAACUGGAAUCCUGGAGCACAUGUUCUUCAGCGGUCUGAUCCUGAGCAGGAGUGGAGGGAGAAGCUGCUGGGAGAAUGCCAAGACGAGUUUUUCGAAACAUUCGGGCAGUAUGAUGACGAUUUCCUGAGAGAUGAUGAAGAUGAAGGAGACUUCGCUGACUGGGCUGAGCGAAUCAGGAAGGAGUAUGAAGCCAAGCAACAUGCCAGAGCAAGGACAGACAGGAAGCGAAGACGAAAAAAAGAGGAGGAGGAGGAAGAGAGGCAGCGUAAAGAGCUGCACGCCCGACUGGAGAAGGAGCACAAGGAAUACCUAGAACGUGCCUCACGUAAAAAAGACGAGACCCAGCGGGGGAAGAAGAGGCGCUACGAGGAGCGCUGCGACGCUGUCUUCCUCAGCUCUUCCUCCGGCGCUUCCCUGGGAUACGACGACAUUCCCUGGCCUGCUCCGCGUGGCUCAGUCGACCAGAUGUUAGCCGUCAUCCUGCACGGCAUUGACCGAUCCGACACGGACACUUUCCGGAAGUUUCUACGCCGUCAGCAGGCUCUCUGGCACCCAGAUAAGUUCUCCCAGCGCUGCGGCGGCCGGCUCCAGGACAGAGACAGGCAGAGGAUAACGGAUACAGUCACGGCUCUGUCUCAGGAGCUGAACAAACUGGCUCAGAGUCUCCGCUGAUGCUGGACUUUGUGGCUCUGGAAUAAAUAGAUUAUUUUAUAGAUUCAGUGCGGAAUUUGAAUCUGGUUGAUUGGCUGCAGGCAGUCAAAGAAAUAUUUAAUAAACAUUAAUAUACUUUCAA